UCCCCACCCUUGUGCGAGGCCCGUGUGAGGGAGGGGGGUGUCUCCGAGGUCAGGCCAAUGGAGCAGGAAAUUCCAGCCACGUGUCGCAGGCUCUUCUGGGCAAAGGCCCCGUUUAGGAUAAACCGAAACCUGGGAGGCUACAAAGGACCAGGCGUCACUGUCACACACGCACUCGGGCGCCAGCCUCGUGCGAGAGGCUGGACCUUGGGCUUGCACGCACACUCCCCUACCCCUCCCAGGCCAGUAUGGAGGGGACCCUGGUGGCCUGGAGUGGCAGCUCAGACGACUCGCAAGGGGUGGUGGACCCCUCGGACACGAAGCAGCAGAGGCGGCGGCAGAGGAACCGGGUGGCUGCUCAGAGGAGCCGCAAGAAGCACACGGAGAAGGCCGACGAGCUGCACCAGCACGAGCAGCUGGAGCAGGCCAAUGCGGGGCUGCGGCGAGAGAUCGAGGGGCUGCAGCAAGAGAUCAAGGCCUGGAGCCAGGUCCUGGCCCAGCACGAAGUCUCCUGCGUCUUGGGCGGCCGCAACCUUCUUCUGGACUUGCUGGCGGCCCCCACACCCCGACCCUGGGCCCUCGAGGGGCUGGAGCUGGACGUCUCCUGACCCCUGACUUGGGGGGAAACUGAGGCAUGCGGGUGGGGCUAACUGGUGACAGACAGGAGCUGGCAUGCUGGCCUGACCCCAGAGACCUGGGUUCUCUUCUGGCUCUGGAAGGGGAGUGGGGGUUUUGUGGGCGUGGGGGCCCGGACCCUCCAUCUGACUUCACAUCUAAGCACCCCUCACCACCCCAGCCUCCACGCUGCAUGGGCUCGACUCCAUGCCUGAUCCCUUCAUUCCAACAGGACCAAAAACACUGGCCUCCUUCCCCUUCGCCCUGCAAAGGAACCCAGGCAUCCGGGGCGCCCAGCCUGUGGACGGGGGUGGGGGCGAGGGGGGCCGUUCUUUGCACUGUAUCCCUCUGGUGGGGUCUCUGCACACCAGGAUGACAGAGAAGCUCACUGGCUUCCACACUACCCAGCACGGAGACACUAGGCCCCUUCCCAACCCUGACUCUUUGAGCUGUGAACUAUAAAUUAAAUGCCUUCCUCUUCUCUU